AAGUAUACCAAAAAAAUAAACAUAAGAGACGAAGUCAAUAUGGGUCGAGGGGAUAGAUAGGUAUUAGAGUUUAUAUACACUAGAAGAUUAGUUGAUGGGGUCACAAACUGAGAUCAUUAGGCUAUUUACUGUCUAAUGUUACACAUAUUUUUGUAAAUUCUUAAAACAGUCUUAGUUUCUAAUAUAAAUAAAAUGGCCAAUAUAGUGUUUUAUAGAUUACAUCUGUGCGAGAUGCACUAUAAGAAAAUUGUAAGUGUGACAAAAACAUUGCAUUUGCAAUCACAUUUUAAAGCAUUACAUUACCUGAAGGGACCAACAAAACACUGCAAAGGUUUAUUAGAAAAAUACAAUGAGAGAUGGAUACAGACAUCUAAAUCUCACAGACACUUAACUGGCAGCAAUAAUCCAGAGAAUCUAUCAAGAUGGAAAAGGUUUGCUAUAAAAUUUGGAUUACAAAAAAGAAACUGGCAUCCAGGAGCCUCAUCUUUAUCUCCCCUAGAAAUUGAAAGCAGCAAAAUACAGUAUAAGGAUAUGCUUAAGUCUAUGCUUACUUACAUUUGGCCAAAGAAUAAUACAGCUUUUCGAAUUCGAGUUAUAGUGGCUUUAGGUUUGCUAGUUGGAGCCAAGGCUGUCAAUGUAACAGUUCCAUUCAUAUUCAAAUAUGGUGUUGAUUAUUUAAACAAUCCUGACAACUGGCUAAAUUUACAAACUCCGGCAAACACUAUUUUCACUGCUGCCUUUGCUAUUAUGCUUGCCUAUGGAAUUGCUCGAACUGGUGCUGCAGCUUUCAAUGAGUUGCGGAAUGCUGUAUUUGCUAAAGUUGCACAAAGUUCUAUCAGAACAGUGGCUCGAAAUGUGUUUUUACAUUUGCAUUCAAUGGAUUUGAACUUUCACCUUUCAAGACAAACUGGAGCUUUAUCUAAGGCAAUAGAUCGAGGAACAAGGGGUAUUAAUUUUGUGCUAAGUGCUUUAGUUUUCAAUGUUGCCCCAACAAUUUUGGAAGUCAGCCUAGUCAGUGCUCUGCUGUACCAUCAUUGUGGUGGAAAAUUUGCAUUGGUUACGCUGGGAUGUGUUGCCUCUUACACCAUUUUUACUUUGGCUAUUACUCAGUGGAGAACAAAGUUUCGUGUGAUGAUGAAUAAGGCAGAUUCAGAUGCUGGGGCCAAGGCAAUAGAUUCCUUGAUCAACUAUGAAACAGUAAAGUAUUUUAACAAUGAACAGCAUGAGGCAGACAAAUAUGACAAGCAAUUAAGAAAAUAUGAAGUUGCUUCCUUAAAAACCACAGUAAGUCUGGCUUUGCUAAACUGGGGACAGAAUGCUAUUUUUAGUGCUGGUAUCACUGCCUUGAUGAUAAUGACCAGCUAUAAUAUUAUGGCAGGUACAAUGACUGUUGGUGAUCUAGUUAUGGUGAAUGGUCUACUAUUUCAACUAUCAAUUCCCCUGAAUUUUCUUGGCUCUGUAUAUCGUGAAGUUCGUCAGUCAUUAAUUGAUAUGCAUACAAUGUUCAGUUUAUUGAAAAUGACGCCAAAUAUUCAGAAUCAUUUAAAUGCUCCAGUGUUGCGAGUGAGUCAAAGUGAAGCUGCCAUCACAUUUCAAGAUGUUUAUUUUGAGUACGUCAAGGGACACAAAGUCUUGAGUGGACUGAGCUUCAAUGUACCCACUGGGAAAAAAGUGGCAAUAGUUGGAGGAAGUGGAUCUGGGAAGUCUACCAUAGUUAGACUCUUGUUUAGAUUUUAUGAUCCCCAAAAUGGAAAAAUAUUGAUCAACGAUCAAGAAAUACAGGCAGUUAAUCUUGAGAGUUUACGCAAGGCUAUUGGUGUUGUUCCACAGGACUGUGUGUUGUUCCACGAUACUGUGUAUCAUAAUAUAGCCUACGGCAAUUUGUCAGCCACUCAAGAGGAAGUGUACAAAGCAGCUCAGAUGUCUGAAAUACAUGAGGCAAUACUAAAAUUUCCUAAUCAAUACCAAACUCAAGUUGGAGAGAGAGGACUGAAGCUUUCUGGAGGAGAAAAGCAAAGAAUUGCUAUAGCUAGGACAAUAUUAAAAGAUGCCCCCAUUGUUAUUUAUGAUGAAGCAACUUCUUCUCUAGAUACUAUUACUGAGCAGAACAUACUUCAAGCACUUCAUCGAGUGACACGCAAUAAAACCACUAUUGUCAUUGCUCAUCGACUUUCUACUGUUGUUGAUGCUGAUGAGAUCCUGGUCUUAGAUAAAGGGCGUGUGGUGGAAAAAGGUUCACACUUUGACUUGAUGUCAAAACCAAACAGCAUCUACUCAGAGCUUUGGCUUAAGCAAAGUUCUGAUUAUAACAAUAAUAACUCUAAUGAUGACACAAAAUUAAGUUAAGAAUAUCUUUGUUAAGGAAAUAGAUAUCAGAAGUCUUUAACUUUAUCUUUAACAUUUAACUAGAAAUAUAAUUUUGUACAUGAAUAAUUUACUUUUUUUGUAUAGUAUGCUUUUAUUUAUCUUCCCUAAGACUGUGUUAUUUUUUAUAUUAUUCUAGUUUUUAAAAAGUUAUAUUUUAAUGUGCUGAUGAUUUUAUUCAAACUUGUAUCCUUCUAAUAAAGUUUGCUAAACUUUUUAGUUCAAUGAACUUAGCUAUUGUUCAUAGAAAUAUUGUGUUGUUUUAUUGUCAACAAACCCAAGCAUAGAAAGGCGCAUGCUGUUGUUUUUUUUAUUAACUGACUAGGAUUACACACACAAUAGUUUUAAAAAAUAUUGUAUUACUUCAGGAAAUCAGAAUAUGUGCAUUUUCUAUCCAUACUAUAUUUAAAUGUUUGAUUGAUCUCAUUCAAAUAUUUGUGAUGAAUGCCAUGUAAGUAAUGUUAUAUAUAAACUUAAAAUUUUUUUUAUUGUAUUUUACAAGUGUGUUUUAGCAAAACUAGGAAGUUCAGAAACUUUCAACAUUGCAAUUCUACACAUAUUAUUUCCAUAAUUUAAAAAAAAAAAAUGAUUGCAUGCAUGACCAGAUCUAUUAUCAUUCUAGAUAUAUUAUCAACCUCUUUUUCAUUGAUCGCAUAAUUUUGUCAAAGUGCUUUUCUAAAUAUUUAAUUAAAUAUUUUCUAAUGUGUUUUAUUGGCCUAAAAAAUUAGGUAAUUAUAUUGGCUUUAUAUCUUUUCCAAAGCAUUAUGAAUUGUGCAGUGUAUUAGAACUUGUAUAGAAUGUGUUUAAGAAUAAAGAUUACAACUGACUAAUCAUCAAUUUAUUGAGAAAAUUUACCAGAUUUAUAAAAAAAAAUAUUUGCAUGUUAAUUUAUAUUAAUAUUAUGUACUAAGCCAACAAACUAUGCUGACCUAUGGGUGUCAAACUACAUGCUGAUGAAACAAAAAGAUUCUUUUUUUUUUAAAUCUGGAGGAUCCAAUUUGCUUAGUUGUAAAAUGUUUUACAUGUUUCGGAUGUUCCUUCAGAGUUGAACAUAGUUUAGUUCCUAGUCCAAACCUCCCGCAGGACGAAGGGGGAUGGGAGCGGGCAGGGUUUGAACACAGGACCAUCGAUAAAUCCAAACGACAGUCCAGCACGAUCAGGCAGUUCUAUGUUACUGCUAGGUGGAGUUGUUGAAUCUGAGGCUCCAUGGUUUGUGUCCUGGUCAAGACUGUCCUUAUUUCGCUUUUUUUCUCAUUAAAAAUUUGGUCCCUAGUGUUGCCUUUUCGUAGAAUAGUUUAUUUUAAUUUUAUACUUAUAUCUCAGCACUGACCUAUCAAUACUAGGCAAAUCAUCUAGUCAACACAAGCACUAUGAAGAGUGAAAGUAUAAAUUAAAAGGUUUUUAGACAAACAGCAUUUGUUGUCUUAGUUGUCAACUAUAGCUAACAUUGGUUGGAUAUCAAAUUUUGCUUUUGCAAACAUUUUUUAAAAUGUCUCCUAUGUAAUAAAGAUUAUGUGAUUAGAAAAUGAAAAUGAUUGAGAAGAUAAUUAACAUCAGUACUUCCCAAAUGGCAUUUCUCGUAUUCAUUUUGAUCUUUCAAACUUUACCCAAACCUCAAUAUUUGAUGAAAUUCUUACCUAUUUGUUCAUUUUGUUAUUGCUGAAAAUAAAAUUGUAAGACAAAUUUUCUCAUGGAUAAUAAAGAUUAUUAUUAUUUCAUUCUAAUUUAAAAA